ACCGCAUUUCCCCGUAUCAUGCUUCCUCUUUCUCGCCCCGCCCCGCUUUCCGCCCCUGGUUUCUCUGGCAACUCUGUUUACUCCUCCUCGCCGCCGUCACCUCAUCGUGUUCCGAUCCGCCCGAUCGUCGCCUCCGCCACCGCGACUGAAUCUUGCUCAGCCUGGACGGAGCAACCGAGAUCGAGGUCCUCCUAUCUCACCUCCCAUACUAUGUCUUCGUGCACAUCGCUGUACGAUAUUCUAGGGAUUCCGGCGGGCGCGUCCCAUCAGGAAAUCAAGGCCGCCUACCGGCGAUUGGCGAGAGUGUGUCAUCCGGACGUGGCGGCGGUGGAUCGGAAGGAUUCGUCAGCGGACGCGUUUAUGAAGAUUCACGCCGCGUACUCCACUCUGUCGGACCCCGAGAAGCGCGCUAGUUACGACAGGAGCCUCUUCGUCCGGCGACAAAGGCCACUGUCCACGGCGUCUUCGGCGUCUUCAUAUUCCGGUUACAGUGGCCGGAACUGGGAAACUGACCAGUGUUGGUAGUGAGUCUGCUAAUGAGCACAGAUAGUAGAUGUAUAGUUGAAGCGCAGUUAUUGGAGCGCUUUACAUAUGGUAUAUAUUGAAAUUACUACUAAUUAGUAAGUGAUCAUGGAAGCUUGUAAUUACUGUGUAGAUAUUUUUUGGGCCAAUCUCCGAUCUUGUUUAUUAGAUUCUGCUUCUAAAUA